AUGAAUAAUAAUAAUAAUCGUUAAGACGUUCGCGAGGUCAGUUACGUUCCUUGCCCGUGAUUGGAACAUCUGCUGUUGCCACGAGAAACGCCCGACGGUUACAAACAAACGGAACCAGUUCAUAGGAAAACAAGUUGAUCUGUAACACCGGACCGUCCACUGAGGCACACGGCGUUAGCUCUUUAGCUCUUUGCACAAACUGAUGUUAACAUCACCUUUUGCCUACACGGAACAGAUAUAUUAGACUGCUGGUCUUCUUGGACUGUAACCUACGGAGGGAAUUGUAGCUCUUACAGGAUGCCUGGAUCACUCCCAGCCAGCUGCUUGGCAACGUGGCCUCAAGAUGUUGGCAUCAUUGCCAUGGAGAUUUACUUCCCUUCCCAGUAUGUGGACCAGGCUGAGCUGGAGCAGUUUGAUGGUGUGUCAGCUGGUAAAUACACUGUGGGCCUGGGCCAAGCUCGCAUGGGCUUCUGCUCAGACCGUGAGGACAUCAACUCGCUGUGCCUGACGGUGGUCCAGAAGCUGAUGGAGAGGAACUGCCUCUCUUAUGACAGUGUGGGUCGGUUGGAGGUUGGCACUGAGACCAUCAUUGACAAGUCCAAGUCUGUCAAGACAGUCAUUAUGCAGCUAUUUGAGGACUCUGGCAACACUGAUGUGGAGGGCAUUGACACCACCAAUGCCUGCUAUGGUGGUACAGCGGCACUCUUCAAUGCUGUCAACUGGGUGGAAUCCAGUUCCUGGGAUGGUCGUUAUGCUUUGGUUGUAGCAGGAGAUAUUGCUGUCUAUGCCACAGGAAGUGCCAGACCUACAGGAGGUGCUGGUGCAGUGGCUAUGCUGAUUGGUCCUAAUGCUCCUUUGGCCUUUGACCGAGGUCUGCGGGGAACCCACAUGCAGCAUGCAUAUGACUUCUACAAGCCAGACAUGGUAUCGGAGUACCCCAUGGUGGAUGGCAAGCUGUCUAUCGAAUGCUAUCUGAGUGCCUUGGAUCGCUGCUAUGCUGUGUACCGCAACAAGAUCCAUGCACAAUGGCAAAGAGAGGGUUUGGAGAAGCGGUUCAGCCUGGAGGACUUUGGCUACAUAGUGUUCCACUCUCCAUACUGCAAGCUGGUGCAGAAGUCACUGGCCAGGCUGAUGCUGAAUGACUUUCUUAACCACCCCAACCCCAAUACUGAGACUGGAUGUUUCAGUGGCCUGGAUGCCUUCAGAGAGGUGAAGCCAGAGGAGACAUACUUUGACCGGGACGUGGAGAAGGCCUUCAUGAAGGCCAGUACAGAUCUGUUUGAGAAGAAGACCAAGUCCUCCCUCUUGGUGUCCAACCAGAAUGGAAACAUGUAUACCCCCUCUGUCUACGGCUGCCUGGCCUCCGUCAUUGCUCAAUGUACACCUCAGCAGCUAGCAGGUCAGAGGAUUGGUGUAUUCUCCUAUGGCUCAGGAUUUGCUGCAACGCUAUAUUCACUCAGAGUAACACAAGACCAUACGCCUGAUUCUGGACUGGACAAACUGGUGUCAAGCCUGAGUGACCUGAAGGUGAGACUGGACUCCAGGAGGAAGGUCUCUCCUGCCAACUUCACAGAGAACUUGAAACUGAGAGAAGAAACCCACCAUUUAGCUAGCUACAUCCCCCAGGGCUCGGUGGAAGAUUUAUUCCCAGGAACAUGGUACCUGACCCGGGUGGAUGACAAAUAUCGUAGGGAGUAUGCCCGGCGACCCAUGGACGAUGACCUACCACUGGAGGCGGGACUCAUUAACGCCACUGCUGCCACUGAGCAUAUCCCCAGCCCAGCAAAAAAGAUGCCUCGCAUCCCUUCAACCACCACCAGCCCAGAGGCUGAUAGCAUUAGCAAUGGAGGCCACUAAGCUAACCUCUACGAGGUAUGAGGGUCCACUCAUAUGGAAAUGAUGUUCAACUACACAACGUCUGGACUAGAGAGCAGAAAGCUAGAAGAAGAAAGGAACCUGGGUGUCUCCUCAAAUAUGUUUACAACAUAUUGCCAUUGCUCUUAAAUCAUCAUCAUCAUUACUAUGUGUCGAUGUUCAUUUGUUUAUCAGAUAGUGUGUUAUUAGGAUUGUUGACCGGUGGAGCCCCACAAGCGGCAGACACUCAUGAACUGUCCCUCAUAAUCAACCCCUGUAGUGAAAGUUUGGUAAUGUUGUAUAGCACGUUCUACUUCAUCAAAAAAUCGCCAUGCUUUUCUUCUAAAUGUUAACAUAGCUGUUCUUCCAAAACAAGACAGUGGUUUAAAAAAAAAAAAUCAACUCCAUACAUUUUGUUUUAAUCAGUUUUAACAGUCCUUCAUAUUUCAGAUUUUAGAUGUUUUUCUCUUCUUUAUUUCGAAAAUUUACUCUUUAACAAAGUUUCAGUUUGUUGCAUUGCAAAUUAGGGCUGGCCCCAAAUGCCCAAAUAUUUUGUUUAUCAUUCACUAGUUUUCUUUUGGAAUGUAAUUUCAGCAUUCAGGUUAUUUGCAUGGGCUGGGGUGGGACGAAUACGUCACACGUGGUAGCAGUGAGGCUGAAAGCGCAGUCAUUGUCCUUUCUAAAGGUUGGUUGUAUUUAUUUAUUUUUCAUGAACUUAGCUGAUAUUAUAUUUUCCAAUAGAUGUGUAUACACACACACAUAUAUAUAUAUAAAUAUAUAUGUGUGUGUAUGGGUGUGUAUUAGGGCUGUUAAAUGCCACCCUUUUAAAACAGUCAUGGAUCAGUCAUGAUUAAUAACACACUUAAAAUGUAUGGAAUGACUUUGCUGUCACUGUGUGUUUUGGAAAGAAUUGUUUCUCUACAGAGGGGUUUAUAUGAUGGACUCAUAAUCUCAUAAACAUAGUCUCUAUGAUACAUCUCUGAUAGAACAACAGUUACACUUGUCCAUCUGACUUUUCUGUCCAGAGAUCCAUGGGGAAGCUUAUUGAUAGAGAAGCCAUCCAGCAGGCCACAGUUUAUUUAGCCAUUCAUUUAGUCUGUUUGGUAUUCAGUAGCUCAGUGCCGGCAGCAUGUGCUGCGUCAUGUGUGGCUCAAAAGUGGGUCAAAGUUCAACAUUACAUUAAUGUGUGUUAAUUUGUAUUAUAACGGGUCAUGGUCCUCAAACACAUGCGUUAAUACGUUAACUUUGAUGGUGUGUGUGCGUGUGUGCCUGCAUAUGGUGCUCUCACACACACUCCCACACAUAUGGCUUGCAAUUUAUUUUGAGUAACAGGCAGACAGAAGUAUCACAUAGCUAUUUUCACACCUCCAGAGUGAGGGUUAUACAUGGAUCAGUUUAGAAGUGAAAUAGAUGUUGUUGAGUGGAGACUUUGGACAAGCAGGGGAUUCCCAUUAAUGUAUUAAACUGUGGUGGCCUGCCAGUUUCACGUCAACAUAUCCUGGUAUUAUGUAUUCACAUAGGCGACUCCCCACUCAGUUAUAUUGUCAUCCUGUGGGAAACACUAUCAAGCGCCAAGGAAGUCAGACGUUUGUGAUGACUUUGAUACUCGGCUGACAAUGCCACAAACUUAGGACUCAGUGACUAUCCAGAGACUUAAAGAAGAAAAAAACAAAAAAAGGUAUUUGGGACAGCCCUAGUGCAUAGUUGUCAUGUGAAAACCAUGCCAGACACUCUUGGGAAGACAGCAGAGAUUUGCUGUGAUUGUUGCUGCUGUUGUGUAAAAUGAUUAUGGCCGCAGGCCUUUUGUUAUUUAAAUGCAGAAAAAGAACAGUUUAUUCAUCAAAAUGGUGCUGCUGCCAACCCACUGUGAUGGCUCAGGCUAAGGAAGAAAUGCACACACAUGCUCAAAGUUUCUGCUCUGUAUCUCAGUGGACUGUGGAAGGAAGAGGCAAAAAAGCCUGUCAUGUUGUCAUGUGACCCUAUGACCUAACAUUAGGGACGUCAUGACUAAAGACUUGCAGUGUUGGUAUUCACUGCCAUGGCUGAAAUCAUACAGGUCAUGUUUGUUUCAGUAUUUCUCAUAGACAGGAUGUAAACUGCCAGCAUGACAAGAGUGACAUACUGAUGACAAGUGGCUCCCCCUGAGCCAGAGGCUUUCACUGGAUCUCACUGUGCAGGGCAGUGUAACUAAGUGCUGUUGCCCUUUUCCAUGUCAGUUUGCUCUCUGUCAUGAAAGGUACCAUAUCCCCUCAUACUCGGGCCUUAAUGUCAAAGGGCUUACGGUAAGUUGUUCUGGGAGAGUGUGUCCUCGACAGAUGUGAGGCUUAGCUGUAUGCAGCUGGAAACAAUUUUCUGUUGUCAGUUACCAGAUGCUUGUUUAAGGGGGUUGUGUUUUUGAGUCAAAUUGCUUUUUUUGUCUGCUUUUGUAACAUUGACAGGGAUUUCACACUAGUUGUAGUAAAUAGAACAAGCAAUGCUCAGGCAGAAAAAUCAUCAAACAUCAGCCUUACAAUGUGUCAUCUUGGCUACUUCUUCAUUCUCAUGUCAUCUUUUUUCCCCAUAGACAGAUUUUGUAUUUUGUCUCUAACAUUUGUCAGUGGCAGGCUACAAGACUUGUAAACAGGGCUCAGAGGAACAGGGACACUUGUUGGCAAGUGUACUACUCACAUUAUUGAGAAGCCUUACAAUAAACAUGUAAUAAAUGUAUACAGAUAUCUAUUCUCCUAAUGUUGUAGGGAUAUUAUUCUUUUUAACUGUACAGCCAGAGUUGGUUUCCUCUGGGCUUAUAUCUACCUAUGGCUGAUGUUUACAUGAUCUUUCUCUGAGAUCAAAUGAUUUUACCAAUUUUUGGUGGUAAUGUACAGUGCUAACUGUAAGGUUAUUUAUACUGUGUAGAUACAAAUGAAUGGGUGUCCGAUCACAUGUCUCUUAUAGAAACAAAAUGUAUAUAUGUGAUAACAAUGAAAUAAGAGAUGAAUUAAAGAAUAAAUAUGUUAUUUUAAAUGGUU